GUGGUUUAGACGCGCUACACUGCCAUUACUCUUCCCCCGCAGCGCGAGGACCAGAAGAUGAGAUGUUAAAAGGGUCACAUAUGGAUUACUCGCACAGAUGACAGAAUGGACUCUGUGGAAAACAGCAGCAUGAAGCAGCAGCGCGCGUCCUCGCCAGCCAGAUUCAAAGAUUCGCCGUCCAAAGCGGCUUCCAAAAGCGCGUCUGGCAAAGCCUCCGGCGGCGCGUCAAAGAGCGGCGGUAAGAGCAGCCGCAGUAAUUCUCCGGUCACCAGCAAAGACCGGCAUGCGGCCCGAGGCGCAGCAGCUGUCCACGGCAGUGGAGCAGAAAGCCCGACUCUGAGACGUGCGGAGAAGAGCAAGAGCAUCGAGGAGCGCAGCAGCUCCUCCGAGGAGCCCUACACCACCGACGAGCCGGGCCUGGGGGUGGUGUCCGAUCAGCCGAGCUCCACCAAAUCCUCUCAGGGCAAGAGAGAGACGGCGAGAGCCGAUGGAGGCAAGACGGCCAAGAGCGCAGUAGGCUGCGGCCCGGGCUUCUGGAGGGAGGGAUGCUUGCAGUCUGAGCUCAUACAGUUUCACAUGAACAAGAGCUUGAAGAAAGAGAGCGGCCUGCCGGCGAAGACGCCGAGCUCACCGCUAACGGAGCCGCAGCUGCCGCCCGCCGAUGCAAACCGGCCCUCAGAGGCCUCACCUGCACCAAACCUGGAGCUGCAGGAGGACAUCGAGAGACUGGAGGACGAGAACGAAUACCUGAAGCAUGAAAUUGAAGAAAUGCGAGCGGAGAUGGAUGAAAUGAGGGACACGUUCUACGAGGAAGACGCCUGUCAGUUGCAGGACAUGCGGCGUGAACUGGAGAGAGCCAAUAAGAACUGCAGGAUCCUUCAGUAUCGCCUGCGAAAGGCAGAGAGGAAGAGAAUGCGAUACGCAGAAACCGGUGAAUUUGAUGGGGAACUGCUGAGGAGCCUGGAGCAAGACCUGAAGGUGGCCAAGGAUGUGUCUGUGCGUCUGCACAACGAACUGGAGAAUGUGGAGGAGAAACGAACGAAAACAGAAGAAGAGAAUGAAAGACUGAGGCAACAGCUGAUUGAAGUGGAGGUGACCAAACAGGCUUUACAGAAUGAGCUGGAAAAGACCAAAGAGCUCUCUCUGAAACGAAGAGGAAAAGAUAUAAAGAAAUCAGAGAAGAGGACUCCACAAACCCCAUCAGAGGAGGAAAAUGAAGAUCUGAAAUGCCAGUUGGCCUUCAUCAAAGAGGAGGCUAUCUUAAUGCGGAAGAAAAUGGCUAAGAUAGACAAAGAGAAGGACCGUUUAGAGCAGGAGGUCCAGAAGUACCGCUCCUUUUACGGUGAUAUAGACAGUCCUCUCCCCAAAGGCGAGGCUGGAGGUCCUCCCACCACCCGAGAGUCCGAGCUGAAGCUGCGUCUGCGGCUGGUGGAAGAAGAAGCCAAUAUAUUAGGCCGCAAAAUCGUGGAGCUGGAAGUGGAAAACCGCGGGCUGAAGGCAGAGCUGGACGAUAUGCGUGGGGAUGAGCUGUCUGGAGGGACGAUGGACCCCUCGUCCAGAGAGCAGAGCGAGGCGCUGUCCGAACUUCGGCAGCAGCUUCAGUUGGUGGAGGACGAGGCUGAGCUUCUGCGCCGCAGUUUGUCUGACGUGGAAGAGCAGAAUAAGAAGAUGACCAGCGAGCUCAACAAGCUCAAAUACAAGGCCGGGUCACACGAGGGAUCGCGCUUUAGCAGCGGAGCGGUCGAUGGAGCGAAAUUUGAAGCCCUGCAGGAAGAGCUAAAAGCCGCUAGGCUGCAGAUCAACGAACUGAGUGGAAAAGUGAUGCAGCUGCAGUAUGAAAACCGUGUGCUGCUGUCCAACAUGCAGCGCUACGAUCUGGCCUCUCAUCUUGGCAUCCGCAGCAGCCCGAGAGAUAGCGAUGCAGAGAGUGACUGCGGCCGCAGGGAAAGCGACGACGACUGCUCUCGCCUCACGCCGCAUCGCAAACGUGAGGGUCCCGUCGGUGGAGAAAGCGACUCCGACGAAGUCCUCAACAUCCGGUGCCUGACUCCCACUCGCUCCCUUUACACCCCAGAGGGACGUUUUUUAUCCAGAGGUUUCAAAGACCGCCAGCAGAUGAUCGAUAUCCGGAUGGAGGCGGAGAGAUUGAGCAGGACCAUCGACAGACUCAUCGCUGAUACCAGCACCAUCAUCGCGGAGGCUCGUGUUUACGCCACCAACGGAGAGCUGUUUGGAAGAAUGGAUGAAGAUGACGAGGGCGGUCGGAUACGAGAGCACGAGCUGCUUUACCGUAUCAAUGCUCAGAUGAAAGCCUUCAGGAAGGAGCUGCAGAACUUCAUCGACCGCCUGGAAGUCCCGAAACCAGAAGACCGAGAAACUGAAGAGCCUCUGUCAGUUAUGGAAGGUACAGGAAGUGAUCAUAAUUUCAGGCACAGAAUACAGUCACUCAGCCAAACACAAGCUUACGUUCAAAAACAGCGAUGACAGCUGCGCUUCACUGAUUGCAUAUAUUUGAGGACAAAGUGAAGCCCUUCUCUGACGCUCCAGUGCUUAGAUGAUUUUCUAAAGAACCUUAUAACCAUUUGACAUCUGGAUGUAAAACCCAUUUAAAACCUUUAUUAUGAAGACUGCACUUUAAAAUAAAGAAUGUGUGAUGUGUAUAUAUAUCAAAUUUUGUUUUAAAGGUUGAUGAUCUGCUUUACACUGAAAACUGUGAACAUUGGCAGCUGUUUUAUUUUCUUCUUUUGUACUCAUUGCGACCCUUAAAAAUAACACUAGUUUGUGCACUACUGCAAAAUGUGGCAUUUUUACUGAUUUUGUUGAAAUGUUUGCUCUCUGUCUGUUUGAUUCUCAUAGUUAUUGUCAGUAUGACACGAGUGAAUGGAGUGCAUAUGUAUUUUAAACUGUAGAGAUCUAGUGAAAAGUGUAAAAUACACUCUAAAAGCAGAUAUGUGCAGUUUUUAUUUUUUAGGAUCUUUUCUACCUGACCUAACCUUUGAAAUGUAACUUUGUUAGUGUGACCUAAUCAGGUUGAUAACCAUACUGAAUAUUUUGUGACUUGUUGAUAAGCCAGCGUUUUAUGCAGCUUAAAAAACCAUAAGUAAGCCAUUCAUAGUCUAA